GAUUAUUUUAAAUCUACAAUCACUUCUAAAUAAAAUGUUAGAACUGUUUUCUCACAAUAAACUAUUUCCCAUGUGCUCAGUGUCAUGCUUUUAACAGAAACUGCUUUAUUUAGAAGUGAGGUCUGUCUUUCAUAAGAAUACAGUUUGGACUGCAUAUGGGUUAGGGCUUUUCUCUCAUCCCUAUAUCACACCCUUAUUGCCUAUUAGGCUGACCUCAGUUUUGGGAGAAUUACUUGGUUAGUUCUAAAUAUAGCAUUGUAUCUGCCCUUAAAUGGGAGUGAAGGGGCAGUAGCCUUUAGAGAGGGGAAUUAUUUUCGUUUUCCUCAGCCAGAGUCUACUAAGCUGGGAAAGGCUGGUCUUCUGUGCUCUGCAAUAUUUCUGUAUCCUUUGGAGUUGCUGAUUGUAACAAACUGAAGUAUGUCAUCAGUAGUGGUGCCAUUUUACCAGAGAAGACACAAGCACUUUGAUCAGUCCUAUCGCAACAUUCAGACAAGAUAUGUACUUGAAGAAUAUGCAGCAAGAAAGGCUGCAUCUAGACAGGCUGCUCACUAUGAAUCAACUGGCCUGGGAAAAACAACAUGCAGACUCUGUGCCCGGAGAGCACGCAGCUUGGCUCAUGAAGCAAUGCAAGAAUCCAGGAAAAGAACUCAUGAGCAAAAGACUCAUGCUAGCGAUGAAAAAAGGAUCAAAUUUGCCAGUGAGUUGUCAUCUUUGGAAAGAGAGAUUCACAUGGCCAGGCACCAUGCUAGGGAACAACUGGAUAGACUUGCUAUACAAAGAAUGGUAGAAGAAAAUAUGUCUCUGGAAAGACAUGCUUUUGAGGAAAAAAUAAGUCGAGCUCCUGAAAUUCUAGUGCGCCUGAGAUCUCACACUGUCUGGGAAAAGAUGUCUGUGCGUCUUUGCUUCACUGUACAGGGAUUUCCCUCCCCUGUUGUGCAGUGGUACAAAAAUGAGGAACUGAUUACCCCUGCAAGUGAUCCAGCAAAGUACACUGUUGAAAACAAAUAUGGAGUGCAUGUGUUGCAUAUAAACAGAGCUGAUUUUGAUGACUCUGCUACCUACUCAGCUGUCGCAACAAAUAUCCAUGGACAGGCAUCAACUAAUUGUGCUGUGGUUGUGAGAAGGUUCAGAGAGAGCGAAGAGCCUCACCCAGCUGGGGUAAUGCCCUUCCACUUGCCACUGUCAUAUGAUGUUUGCUUCACACACUUUGAUGUCCAAUUUCUGGAGAAAUUCGGAGUUACCUUUGCAACUGAAGGUGAAACACUGACACUUAAGUGUUCUGUGUUGGUCACCCCAGAGCUGAAAAGACUACGUCCUCGUGCCGAAUGGUAUAGAGAUGAUGUUCUGAUAACGGACUCCAAGUGGACAAAGCUGUAUUUUGGAGAAGGCCAGGCAGCUCUGUCCUUCACUCAUCUGAACAAAGAUGAUGAAGGUUUAUACACCCUGCGGAUGGUUACAAAAGGUGGAGUGAAUGAAUGUAGUGCAUUCCUGUUUGUCAGAGAUGCAGAUGCAUUGAUCGCGGGAGCACCAGGGGCUCCAAUGGAUGUUAAAUGCCAUGAUGCUAACAGAGACUAUGUUAUCGUUACCUGGAAACCACCAAAUACAACCUCUCAGAACCCAGUCAUUGGAUAUUUUGUUGACAAAUGUGAAGUAGGUUUGGAGAACUGGGUCCAGUGCAAUGAUGCACCUGUAAAAAUCUGCAAGUAUCCCGUGACUGGUCUUUAUGAAGGACGGUCUUACAUCUUCCGUGUGAGAGCAGUGAACAGUGCUGGCAUUAGCAGGCCUUCUCGAGUCUCUGAACCAGUUGCAGCUCUUGACCCUGUUGACCUGGAAAGAACACAAACUGUUCGUGUGGAUGAAGGGAGAAAGAUUGUAAUCAGUAAAGAUGACCUCGAAGGCGAUGUUCAGAUUCCAGGCCCUCCCACCAAUGUACAUGCUUCAGAAAUCAGCAAAACAUAUGUUGUGCUCAGCUGGGAUCCACCUGUUCCUCGUGGCAGGGAGCCACUGACGUAUUUCAUUGAGAAGUCUAUGGUUGGCAGUGGAAGUUGGCAAAGAGUCAAUGCACAGGUUGCUGUAAAAUCUCCUCGCUAUGCAGUGUUUGACCUUGCAGAAGGAAAACCAUAUGUCUUCCGAGUCUUGUCAGCAAACAAGCAUGGCAUCAGUGAUCCAUCUGAAAUCACAGAACCUAUUCAACCACAAGAUACUAUUGUUGUCCCAUCAGCACCUGGUCGGGUAGUGGCCACAAGGAAUACAAAAACAUCAGUUGUAGUCCAAUGGGACAAACCAAAACAUGAAGAGAAUUUGUAUGGCUACUACAUAGAUUAUUCUGUGGUGGGAUCAAAUCAGUGGGAACCUGCUAACCACAAACCUAUUAACUAUAGCAGAUUUGUUGUUCAUGGUUUGGAAACUGGUGAACAGUAUAUCUUCCGUGUGAAAGCUGUGAAUGCUGUAGGAUUCAGUGAAAACUCACAGGAGUCAGAGGCUAUAAAAGUGCAAGCAGCCCUCAGACGAAGCGUGUCUCAUAUGGCUUGCCCAUCAUAUCCUCAUGGCAUCACUCUUCUGAACUGUGAUGGUAAUUCAAUGACCCUUGGCUGGAAAGCACCAAAGUACAGUGGAGGUUCCCCAAUCCUUGGUUAUUAUAUAGAUAAACGGGAAGCUAACCAUAAAAACUGGCACGAAGUCAAUUCUUCCCUUAUUACCCGGACAAUUUAUACGGUGGAGGAUUUGAUAGAAGAUGCCUUCUAUGAGUUCAAAAUUGCUGCAGCAAAUGUGGUUGGAAUAGGUCAACCUUCAGAUCCCAGUGAGCACUUUAGGUGUAAAGCCUGGACUAUGCCAGAACCUGGUCCUGCAUAUGAUCUCACAGUUUGUGAAGUUAGAAAUACAUCACUUGUUCUUCUAUGGAAAGCUCCUGUGUAUGAAGGCAAAAGCCCCAUUACUGGGUACUUAGUGGACUAUAAGGAAGUAGAUACAGAGGACUGGAUCACUGCUAAUGAAAAACCUACUUCACACCAUUAUUUUAAGGUUACUGAUUUACAUCAGGGUCAUACCUAUGUUUUCAAAGUUCGUGCAGUGAAUGAUGCUGGGGUUGGCAAGUCAUCUGAGAUAUCUGAACCAGUGUUCGUUGAAGCAAGCCCUGGAACAAAAGAAAUCUUUUCAGGUGUGGAUGAGGAAGGUAAUAUUUACCUGGGUUUUGAAUGCAAAGAAGCUACCGAUGCAUCUAAUUUUCUGUGGGGAAAAUCAUAUGAGGAGAUUAAGGAUUCUGAUAAAUUUAAGAUUGAGACAGAAGGAGAUCAUUCUAAGCUGUACUUCAAGAAUCCUGAUAAAUCGGACAUGGGAACUUACUGUAUUUCAGUUAGUGACACAGAUGGUGUUUCAUCCAGCUUCGUUCUGGAUGAGGAAGAGUUUGAACGUUUGAUGACAAUAAGCAAUGAAAUAAAGAAUCCAACAAUACCUCUGAAAUCGGAAUUAACUUAUGAGGUUCUGGAUAAAGGAGAAGUCCGUUUCUGGAUUCAAGCUGAAAGCUUGUCACCAAAUUCUACCUAUAGAUUUGUUAUUAAUGAUAAAGAAGUUGAAAAUGGAGAUAGGCACAAGAUAAGUUGUGACCAUGCAAAUGGCAUUAUAGAAAUGGUGAUGGACAAAUUUACAAUUGACAAUGAAGGUACCUACACAGUACAGAUUCAAGAUGGAAAGGCCAAAAAUCAGUCUUCGUUAGUUCUCAUUGGAGAUGCGUUUAAGACGAUAUUGGCUGAGUCUGAGCUCCAGCGAAAGGAAUUCCUCAGGAAGCAAGGUCCCCACUUCUCAGAGUUUCUAUAUUGGGAAGUUACCGAUGAAUGUGAAGUUCUGCUGGCUUGUAAGAUUGCAAACACAAAGAAGGAGACUGUUUUCAAGUGGUAUAGGGAUGGUUCUGGGAUUGACGUUGAUGAGGUGCCUGAUCUGCAGAGGGGAGAAUGUCACCUCACUAUUCCAAAGUUGUCUCGCAAGGAUGAAGGUGUUUAUAAGGCAACACUCUCAGAUGAUAGAGGUCAUGAUGUUUCUACUCUUGAAUUAUCAGGAAAAGUGUAUGAUGAUAUAAUGUUGGCACUGAGCAGAGUCAGUGGCAAGACUGCUUCUCAACUGAAGAUACUCUGCACUGAAGAAGGAAUAAGGCUCCAGUGUUUCUUGAAGUACUACAAUGAAGAAAUGAAGGUCACCUGGUCUCACAGGGAAUCUAAGAUUUCUUCUGGUGAAAAGAUGAAGAUUGGAGGUGCAGAGGAUGUUGCUUGGCUGCAGAUAACUGAACCCACUGAAAAGGAUAAGGGGAACUACACCUUUGAAAUCUUUGGUGGAAAGGAAUCCUUCAAACGUACACUUGAUCUGUCUGGGCAAGCUUUUGACGAUGCUGUUACAGAAUUCCAGCGACUGAAGGCAGCUGCUUUCGCUGAGAAGAAUCGUGGUAAAGUCGUUGGUGGUUUACCUGAUGUUGUUACUAUAAUGGAUGGGAAGACUCUGAAUUUGACCUGUACUGUGUUUGGAAACCCUGACCCAGAAGUGCUUUGGUUCAAGAAUGACAAGCCCCUUGAGCUUAAUGAGCACUAUUUGGUUUCACUGGAACAUGGAAAAUAUGCCAGUUUGACAAUCAAAGGAGUGACCUCAGAAGAUUCGGGCAAAUAUAGCAUUCAUGUCAAGAACAAAUAUGGUGGGGAAACAGUAGAUGUCACUGUAAGCGUAUACAGACAUGGUGAAAAAAUACCUGAAGUCAACCAAGGCCAGCUUGCAAAACCUAGACUAAUACCACCAUCAUAAUCUAGUUCUAUCUAGAACACAGGAGCAUGAUAAAAUCCAAUAAGUAAAGCUUGUAACUAUGUUUGAUGAACAAAGUAGUAUAUGUGAGCUGUAGCUGAGGUAUUCCCAUACAUAACUGAUAGGUACUCUCCAAACGGAAUCUGAGCUUUUCGAAGUUUGCUUUAGGCUGGUAGCUGUGCUACAGCGCUGUACACACGUGCACUGAAAACAUUAUGACUACAUGUAGUAGGGUAGUACUUCUAAAUAGCAAAAAGCCAAAUGCCUGCAAAAAGUUCCUAUGGGCAAUGGCAGAUUGCAUAAACCUACAGUAAACCUCCAUUUCUACACAUCCAAAAAAAGCCAUUGAGCACUCUCUCGAGAAAAUUGAGAACAAAUGUUUCAUCAUAGAAGGUAGUGAACUGUAGUUACAUGCUCAGAAAUGAUUCCUGCUCUGUUACACACACAGUCCCUUUGGCUUUGAAGCCUCUGAUCACAUAACUUUAGUGGAUAGUCUCUAUUUAGUAAUUAUAUUGUUAUUUUAUAGUGUGAAUUUUUCCUUAGUAGUGCUCAGUAGUUUUACAGAUGUUUACUGUUUGCUCAUUGAAGCGUAGGUUACAUGGUUGUAUUUUGUUUUUCUUGCAUUGUGCUAAUAAAACUUUGAAAGUCACCUUUGCCACUCACUGCUCCAAAUCACACCUAACUAGUUUUGUUUACUCUCUUUCAUUGUUUAAUUAUUGCUUAUUGCACAAUUUCACAGCUGGUAGCAUGCAGACAAUCAACUUUCAAUAAAUGCAAAUUAUGGUUAAUCACA